AUGUGUCUCCCGUUCUGCUGCCGCGAAAAUGAUCCGCCACAAUCACAAGUGACACAUGAACAUCAUCCAGGUCACGGGUUCGGCCACACCGAGCCUAUCGACCACCCGCCGCCCUCUGGAACUGGAAAGGAAGCAAACAAUGGCAACGGUGCGAGCAUGAACAAGAACAAGAGCGAUGAUGAAGGCAAGAACAAGACGGCGGACUCACCACCUACUCCACCACCGCAAUCUCCUGAGUAUACUCCGGCGGCUCCGCAAGCUCCUCCUAGUCCUAAACAUACUGCGGCCACCAAAGCUCCCAAGAAAGUCGAGCAAGUAGUCGCCAGUCCAAUCCGCCAUGCCGGGCCAGUGGCAGCAGCAGGGGUCGCGGGUUCCGCGAGGACGCCACCCGAGACGCAGCAGAUUGGUCGUCGUGGCCAUGCCCAUGAAGACGAUUACGGCUAUCCUAACCCUAGUGCUUCUCCCACUGUGGUGGCGGUGCCGGCUGCCAACAACUUCCGUGGAGAUCGUGGGCAUGGUGAUGCUCAUCAUGCUCAUGCAUACGUUGGCAAGGAUGAUCGCAAGACUACAGGCAGAACACGGCAGUGA